AUGGAAAAUAUUACUCUUUUUGACACCAAUGAUCCUCAAGACAAUUUUACUGAUUCAAAUUCCGAUUUUCCUGAAAAUCUUCAAGUUGAUAAAAAAAAGAUUAAACGAACCACACCAACUCAUACCAUUGAUCCAGUAAGAGAAGUGGAGAAAUGGUUAUUGGAAAAUUUAAGACGUUUGAUACCUGAAGAUAUGCAUUCGAUGUAUAUAAAUGAGAAUAAUGUAUUAUUUUCAUUUGGUUCUUUGGAUUCGGAUCAAUUUGACAUCAACAGUGAAAUUGAUUUCGUAUAUGAAAUUACAAAUAAUGGCAAACGUUCAAUCCUCUCCUGUUUUGAUACUGUUACUUAUUAUACAAAUUUAACUUAUCGUAAUGAAAAUCAACGUAAAAGAAUAUCACUAGAUCAUCUAACUGAUCCAGCUUUUCUGCGUGUGAUUGAACCGAGUAGUGGAAAGUUUAUAUUAUCAAAUUUGAUAAAAUGUGCCUGUCAACAACAUAAAGGUUUAAAAGUUUAUGUUGACUAUGUUAAGAAUAAUAUUUUUUCUUUUCCAUUACUUGAAGAACUUAAUCGAUUUGCACUUUCACAGAAAAUUGCUUAUAAAUCUGCUAGACUUAAGGUAUCCGUAACGGUGCUUGGUCACACCACUAGCCCCCGAAGGGCCUUCUAUAUAUUAUGGUUUUUGAUGAGAUUAGCUGAGGAAUUGAAGUUGGUUGAAAUUGGAAAGACAUUUAAAAGAUUUUUAGACGAAGGAACGAGUGAAAUUAAUCGCAACUCACUGGACAAAAAUAUUACUCUACGGUAUUUUAAAUCAAUAGAUGCCAAUUCCCAACAUCAAAGUGUAUCCACAGAUAAGUCAGAUCACAGUGAAGUACUACAAUACAAUUUAUCAGACUCUAAACUUAACUUAGACUCUAUACCAAAGUCAUCGGAAUCUAUGCCAAACUUAUCAGAAUCCAAACUUAAUUCAUCAGAAUCUAAACUAAAUUUAUCUGAUUCUAAACUCAAUUCAUCAGAAUCAUGUACAAAAUUAUUAAAUACAAGUUCAAAAUUAUUGGAAAUGAAUUCAAAUUUGUUUGAUCCAAAUAGUUAUUCCGUUGAACCAAACCAUAGUUAUUCAGUUGAUCCCAAUCAUAGUUAUUCCGUUGAUGGGAUUUCAAUAAAUUCAUUACCAGACUUGAAUAAUAUAUCUGCUGGUAAAAAUUCUAUAGGAUUUACUUCACUUCAUAUUGGUGAUAUGGAAAUGUCUACACCAAUACGUAAAGACCCACUCUACAAUAAUAAACAUAUUGAUAGUUUUGAUAGUAAUUUCAUGAAACUUAUUGAUAAUACUACUCAAAACAUUGUUUAUACUCAAGAUAAUACACAAGUUACUACUAAUAAUGAUUCUAGUACUCAAGAUAUUAGUACACAAGAUAUUAAUACAGUUGGAAAUACCAAUACACAGAAUAGUAAUAGUACGCUGGAAGAUAAUAGAAUGGAUCAUUUUGUACAACGUGGAUUGGAUAAGUUUGUAAAGAAGAAACAAAGUUUUGCAUACAAGAAUGCUGUAUCCACAAUAUCAGUACUGGAAGCUGCGUGUAAACUAUAUGGUAAAGGACCUAAAUGGUCAAAUCCUAAUAAAAAGGAAUUUGACAUCGCUAAUAAAGGAAAGAAAUUAGUCUAUGUAAAACCAAGUAAUACUGUGAGACAAAAUGAUUUAGCAUAUCAAUACCUCAUGCAAUAUGCCUCUGUACAUCAGAAACUGAAUGGUGGUGUCAGACAAGAACACGCAGUCUCAUAUGGUAUUAUAGAACUUAAAAGGAACUCACCAAAUGAACCUUAUAAUUCUUAUACCAUCAAUACUGAGCCUUGGAAGCUUGAUAAUUACAGUAAAAAAUGGUCCAGACUCUCAAAUGCUAUUAAUUUCUCACCCUGGAUUCUCAAGUAUAACUCACCGGAAAAUUCACCAGUUAAUUCUCCACACUAUGAUACUCUGGAUAUUACUCCCAGCAACGCCAAUAUAAAUGUUGAAAAUAUUGUAAAUAAUUUAGAAAAGUUAAAUCAAACAAUUAAAUGUCAUGGUGUUAAUGUGGUAAGUAGUGUUGGUACUAAUACUACGGGUACCCAUAAUAGUGAUGUUAGUAAUACAGUUGAUAACAAAUUAGACAUAGAUAAUACAUCGGGUAACACUAAUGAUAAAUUAGACAAUACAAAUGAUAGAAUAGUUGGUGAAUAUAAGAUUAAAAAUACAGUUGUCACGAGUUUACAGUUGCCCGACAAUCAUAAUCCUAUAACUAAUGUAGAUAUAGUUGAUGGAUUAGAAUUUGUUAAAAAUAAUACUAUAGAUACUAUUAAUACAGUUGAUAAUGUUGUUAGUACUCUUGAUAAAGUUGAUCCAAUUAAAGUUGAUAAUGUUAAGCAAGUGGAUGUUAAAUCAGAGGAUACUAUAAACUCGGAGGAUAACUUAGUUGAUGUUGUACCAGCAGAUGUUGACAAAUUGUCUAUGGAGUUUGGUGAAGGAAUUAAAGAUAUGUUUGGUAUUGUAAAAUCGCAAACACCUUUAAUUGAUUUUGAAACACUUGCAUUCUCUACUACUGAUAUGGAUUCUGCAUGUAAUGAAAUGCCUCUUACCGCUCACGAUAAUGGUGAUCCAAAUACUUUAGAUGAUAAUCCUAAUAUUAAUACUUAUGUACCAAUAGAUACCACCAAUACAGUUGUACCUGGUACCACCACCACUGUUAAUAAUGUUAAUAUGGAUAAUGCAGAUAAUACUAAUAAUAUUGCUGUUGUUACUAAAACUGGGGAGUCAGGUAAUAACAAUAAUACUACGGAUAAUACUAGUAAUACUGUAAUAGAUAAUACAAUAGUACCUAAUAGAGUAUUAGUAGAAAAGAGAGUUAAUAUAGAGAAAUAUAAAGAUGGACAAAUGAAGUUGACUGAAUUGUUUAAAUAUGUUUAUGAGAAAAUUAGUAAGUCAAAACAGUUACCAGAAUGUCCAGAAUUAUUAAAUAUGAAAGCUGAAGUCAGGAAAGAACUUGAAAAUUUUACCAAAUUAGAUCAUGAAUCUAUGAUUAAUACCAAAAGAAGGAAAGUUUUAGAUGAAAAUUAUCUUGAACCAAUUCCUGAAAAUUAUGUUAAAAUUAACAAUAAAAUUAAAAUAAAAUCUGACAAUGGUAAUGAGGGAGCUAAUGGUAAUGGUAAGAGUACUACUGGUACUACUGGUGAGGGAACUAAUACUAAUGGUACUGUUACUACCACUGAAGUUAAUAAGAAUGUUGAUAGAAAAUUGAAUAAAAAACAACGUAUAAUGAGAAUGCGUGAGAUAAUGAAAAGUAUGAUAGAAUUUGAAGCAAUUGAGAGUGAGGAUGAGAAUUUAUCUGAUCCAGAGGAGAUAAAACGUUCACUACAACUAUUGAAGGAGAAAUUAAUGAACCCAUCGGAGAGUGAAAGUGAGCCUGAAUCUGAAACUGAGAUAGCUCAUGAGAUGAAAGAUUUUAUAGGUGAAGUGGAAAUUAAUGAAGAAGAUGAAGAAAUUGCUAGACAAAGGUUUUAUGAAGACUUGAGAUUACAAGAGGAGGCAGAACUUGCCAAACUCAUGACCUUUAAAGAGAAGGGUGAAAAAGAACUUACACGUCGUGAAGAAAGAUUAAAACUCUUGAUGAAACUUAAAAAUGCAAAGAAAACUGAUGAAUUUCAUCUUAGUGACUUUGAAUCUUCUGAUGAAGAAGUACAAAAGAAACAUAAAAUUAAAGUUACACGAGAACAUAUUGAUCAAUUACUCAAGUUAAAACAUCAAAAAUUCAUGUCUAAAGAUGAACAUCUUGAACAAUUUAUUGAUUUUAAAUUAAAUCAAGCUAAUAUUUCAAUUCCAUCGGGUAUUCCAUUACGGUGUUACGUUACGGUGCUUGCUCCAGCAGCUCCAAUAUCACUACUUAUUGAUAAUAUAAGUGUAAGUACAAAUCAUGUGGAAUUACCAAAGAAUAUGUUGGAACCAGAAAGUGUUACAAAGAUAAAAAGUAGAAGAGAUAUGAUUGAUAAUAUGUUUAAUGAAGGAUUUGAUUCAAUAUUUUCCAAUAUUGAUCAAUAUAAAUCAGAUUCUACUCUCAGUGUUAAUCCUUUUAGUACUCCUAAUCGUACACUUGAUAGCUCUCUCUCUAAAUCACCUAAAAAAUCAGGACUUGAUAAUUCUUUUUCUAAAUCACCUAAAAAAUCUGCACUUGUUAUGAAAUCAUUUCGUUGGGAUCAUUCACAAGUUAAACCAGGACAUUCUACUACAGUAAGGUAUUGCGUUACGGUGCUUGUACACACAGAUAGAUAUCCCCUACUGGGCCCUUAG